AUGAAGCCCUACACGAACCCCCUCCCCAAGCCGCCGCCCUCCGCGCGCCCCCGUCCCUUCGACCCGUGGAACUCGUCCUCGACCGGCCACCAGCGCCGCGAGGCACCCCGGCGCGAGACCGACGGCGUCUCCGAGACCAACUGGCGGGUCUCGCGCGCUUCCAAGCUGAACCGGCAACUCCAGACCCAGAACCAACAGCCCUGCCCCUCCCCUCCUCCCAGCAGCAAGCCCACCGUGCAGAGGAAGAGCGUGGCAGAGAUGCUGGCCAGGCCGGGCUCGAUGAGGGAGACCCUACCAUCCGCGGCAGACAAGACGGGGAGCGAGACGCCGGAGAAGAGGCAGCUCCUGGCCGGCGUGGUUGCUUAUGUCAACGGCAGCACGGCGCCGCUCGUCUCGGACCACCAGCUCAAGGCCGCGCUCGCGGCGCACGGCGCGCGCGUGUCGCCGCACCUAGCUCGGCGGCAGGUCACGCACGUCAUCCUCGGGCGACCAGUGGCAGGAGGAGGAGGAGGAGGUGCGGGAUGCGGCGGCGGGCUGGCGGGCACCAAGAUGGAGCGCGAGAUUCGCCGACGAGGUGGCAGCGGCAUCAAGUACGUCGGCGUUGAGUGGGUGCUGGAGAGCAUACACGCGGGCAAGAGGCUCCCGGAGGCGCGCUUCGCGAGCGUGCGCGUGGCGCCGCACGGGCAGGCGAGCGUCUACGGGGCCCUCCAGGAAGCCGGGCGGCGCGUGACCGACUACUGA